AUGUUUACUACAGAACGCAAAAUUGCCGAUGCGGCCUGGCCCCGUGGUCCAGGAUCAUCGCUUGAAUCCUCAGACCGCUUCAAGUUAGCUUAUGUAAAAUACACCUCUACAGAGAAACCAGCCGAGAAUGCAAUUAAGGUGAAUUUGAUUUUUUCUCAUGGCACUGGCAUGAACAAGAGUGUCUGGAAAGUGCACAUCAAUAAAUUGUUUGAAUUGAGUAAGGCCGUACUGUGGCACCUCAACCGUGUGUUGGCAAUUGAUUGUGUGAACCAUGGAGAUUCGGCUCUUCUCAACAAAGAUAAGAUAGCUUGGGCUUUUGACUGGCGUGAUGGCGGGAAGGACAUUGUGAAAGUAGUUCAGCAUGAGGCUAGCACAACUGGUGACUUUGUGCCUGAGCCAUCUACAUUGAACAUCCUUGUUGGACAUUCAUUUGGCGGUUUUGGUAGCACCUAUGCAUCAUAUUUGGAACCCUCACUCUUCUCCGGAUGCAUUGCGUUGGAGCCAGUCUUGUAUUCCGAGAUGCAAUACAAAGAGUUCUUUUUUCAUAGACUCCAGAAGGUCCAGGCAGCAAUCAAGGACACGUUUGAUCUGAUGGAAGACGCUGUCAAAUAUUUCCAAAAGGCGAGCUUCUAUCGUACUCUUGAACCUGAAGUAUUGAAGGACUUUGUUUCGGACGAGUUAUAUCCAGAAAAUGGGAAAGUGAAGGCCAAAGCAUCUCUUUUGGCCCAAAUGGCUACCUACUGCUCAGCAUUCUAUUGCUUAUACUACGAUCAGGAUGCAUUAAAAACAAUGAAAAUACCAUACUAUCAUAUAGUGGGUUCUGAAGCUGCCUGGAACCUUCCACAGACAGUUGAUUUCGUGCAAGAGAGUGUUCCUGCCGACUUACUUGAGCAAGGAGAAAUAGCCGGAACUCACCUUAUGUUUGGAGAAAAUGUAGCUGAUACAGUGAAGGCUAUCCACGAAUUUUGUGACAAAAGAGCGCAGUUUGCACAAACACAUUUGAAGGAGUUCCCCUCGGUUAAAUGCAGCGGUGAUAGAUCUCAAAUGCUUGAAGAGAUGUGCCCAGCAAUACUAGAGGGAGACUACUCGAAAGCUUUUUGGUACGGCCGGCCCGAACCAAAAAUAUGA